UGGUUUCAGGAAGUCCUCAAGUUGUCUAGGGGUGUCGAAUAUCCAGAGUGGGCUAUUUUAAAUUUUCUGUGAAAGUCUGUGACGCCGUUUUUGUUUUAUUUAAGGUAUUACCACAGUGGCAAAUUACCGACAGGCAGCAGGUGAUGGCUGAACCCAGAAUAUCGUCUAUUGAUGGGAAGUUAGCAGAAGAAUUUGCUGUUCCCUCCCACGUGGAGGAGGUCAAAGAGAAGAUGGCUACUUUUGCCAGUUUUCAUGCAAAAGCAGGCCGCAAGGUGGUUCUCAUCACUUCAGGAGGCACCAAGGUUCCCUUGGAGUCCCGCACUGUUCGCUUCCUCGAUAACUUCAGCAGCGGCAGACGAGGAGCCUCCUCUGCAGAGUAUUUCAUAGAUUCCGGCUAUGCAGUCAUUUUCCUACACAGGCAUCGCUCGCUCUAUCCCUACACACGAAUGUUCUUAACCAUAAACAUGCUGGAUGCCCUGGAGUUCCAAGGUGGAGAUGGAGGAGCACCAGGUAAUGCUGGUGAAGUGGUGGUUAAUCAGCAGGUGCUUCCGAACAUUGCCCAAGUGCUGAAGCGAUACCAUGAGGUGAAAGAAGGAAGACUACUUCUGCCCAUUGAGUUCAACACUCUGUCAGAGUAUCUGCACCUACUCAAAGCAGCAGCCCAGGCACUCAGCACAAUAGGAUCAAAGGCCAUGUUUUACUUGGCUGCAGCAGUGUCUGAUUUCUACAUCCCAGCGUCUGAGAUGCCUGAACACAAAAUCCAGUCUACCAACGGACCUCUUCAACUGAGCAUGAAGAUGGUCCCCAAGAUAUUGUCACCACUGGUGAAAGACUGGGCACCUCAGGCAUUUGUCACAUCCUUCAAGCUCGAGACAGAUGCGACCAUCCUGCUAGACAAGGCUCGACGAGCUCUGGAAACCUACAGGCACCAAGCAGUGGUGGCCAACGUACUGGACUCUAGGCGGGGUUAUGUGGUGGUGGUGACCCCUGAGAGUCAGGCUGAGCUGAUUCUCACUGAGGAGGAUGUGAAGAAUGAGGUGGAGAUAGAGGCGAGGAUAGUGAGCAACCUGACAUCAGCACACAAGAAGUUCAUAACGCAACAAGUAGUUUUAUAGAAAUUAUCUGCACGUCUGAGCAGCUUUAAGUUGUGACUGUGUUCUUACCUGAUCCUAGGCUUGUGUUCGGCUAUAAUUCAUACCUGCUUGUUCUGCUGACGUUACUGUAUAUUCAGUAUGCUGUACUGUUGCAAAACCUUAGCAGUGACUGUAAGUCAUGUCUUCCUAGUUUGUUUUUUGUGUGCUCUAAGAAUGAGCCUUGAAGCAUGACAUGCUGUCUCUGUACAGGAAGGAUAUUCAGGUUUUAAAAUGUUUAUUCACACUUUCUAGUAAUCAGAACAAUAUUUCAAGAUUUUCAAACAAUGACUGACAGUUAGAUAAUUAUGUUCUUUACCGGCAAGGCUCCCCAACAAUAAACAUUGAAA